CACCACUCGAAACCCGAAGAGAACGACCUGUAUCCCCAUCCAGGGGGGUAAAUCUGCCAGUGGGGCCCAGGCCACGCCGCUGGGGAUUGGGAUCGGUUCAGCGAUACGCAGAGAAUGCUCAGACGCUGCGCACCGCUACGCCGCGUUCUCGUCAUCGCCCGCCCUCCCGCCCGCGCGCGCCCAAGAGGACAUCGGCCUCGCCCUGGCGUGCCGCCACCUGUGCCCCGACCACAGUGCCCCCCCCGCAGGUGACCUCCGCCUCCGGCGCCCGCUUUGCGGCCGAGAAGCUGGGCGUCGCCCGGGUGGUGCUCGGGCGCGAGCUGAGCGUGAAGGAGAUGGCGCAGGUCUCGACCGGCGCGCCCGGCGUGCAGCUGGAGGCCUUCGUGCACGGGGCGCUGUGCGUGUCGUACAGCGGCCAGUGCUUCUCCUCGGAGGCGUGGGGCGGCCGCUCCGCCAACCGCGGGCAGUGCGCGCAGGCGCCGGGGCGGCGCCUUGAUCAAGGACGGAGACAUGAUCGACCUCGGGGACAACGCCAAAUACCUGCUAUCACCGCAG